AUGGCGACCUUGGUGAGCUCGGCCGGUGGGCUAUUAGCCAUGCUCAACGAGACCCAUCCUUUGCUCAAGCUCCACGCUUUAUCCAACCUCAACAAAUUGGUUGACGGCUUUUGGCCCGAGAUCUCCACCAGCGUACCCAUCAUUGAAAGUUUAUAUGAAGAUGAAGAGUUUGAUCAGCAUCAAAGGCAACUGGCCGCUUUGCUUGUGUCAAAGGUUUUCUAUUAUUUGGGUGAACUUAAUGAUUCACUUUCCUAUGCCCUUGGAGCUGGUUCCUUAUUCGAUGUGUCAGAGGAUUCUUAUUAUGUUCAUACUCUUCUUGCUAAAGCCAUAGAUGAAUAUGCCAGUCUUAAGUCUAAGGCAGCAGAAUCAAAUGUUGAAGCAGCAAAUGUGGAUCCUAGGUUGGAGGCAAUUGUGGAGAGAAUGCUGAAUAAGUGUAUCAUGGAUGGAAGAUACCAACAAGCCAUGGGGAUUGCAAUUGAAUGUCGAAGACUGGAUAAACUUGAGGAGGCAAUCACAAAAAGUGAUAACGUUCAAGGAACUUUGUCAUAUUGCAUUAAUGUCUCGCAUUCCUUUGUUAAUCUUAGGGAAUAUAGACAUGAGGUACUUCGUCUUCUUGUCAAAGUGUAUCAAAAGCUGCCAUCUCCAGAUUACUUGAGCAUUUGUCAGUGUCUCAUGUUCUUGGAUGAACCAGAAGGUGUAGCAAGCAUAUUGGAAAAUCUUCUGCGCUCUGAAAACAAGGACGAUGCACUUUUGGCAUUUCAAAUAGCAUUUGAUCUAAUAGAGAAUGAGCACCAAGCUUUUCUCUUAAAUGUUAGAAAUCGCCUUUCACCUCCCAAGAUUCAACCUUCAGAAUCUGCUCAGCCAGAAUCUGCACAACCACAAUCUAGUGAAGCUGCUCAAAGUGAAAGUAAUGCUGCUCAAGGUGAAAGUAAUGCUGCUCAAAGUGAAAGUAAUGCUGCUCAAAAUGAAAGUUCUGUGGAGGAUGUUCAAAUGACAGAUGGAAGUUCUACUUCAAAUGCAACCGUGCAUGAAGAUCCUAAAGAAGUGAUCUAUUCUGAGAGGCUGACGAAAAUUAAAGGAAUUUUGUCUGGAGAGACAUCGAUACAGUUAACUUUACAAUUUUUGUACAGUCAUAACAAGUCUGAUCUUCUUAUUCUGAAGACAAUUAAGCAGUCCGUUGAGAUGAGAAAUAGUGUAUGCCACAGUGCUACUAUUUAUGCUAAUGCAAUUAUGCAUGCGGGAACAACUGUUGACACGUUUCUGAGGGAGAAUCUGGACUGGUUAAGUAGAGCCACAAAUUGGGCUAAAUUCAGUGCCACAGCAGGGCUAGGUGUUAUUCACAGAGGCCACCUGCAGCAGGGAAGAUCUCUGAUGGCACCGUACUUGCCUCAGGGUGGGGCAGGUGGUGGUGGAAGUCCAUACUCAGAAGGUGGUGCCCUCUAUGCUCUGGGUCUCAUUCAUGCCAACCAUGGCGAGGGCAUCAAACAAUUCCUUCGUGAUAGCCUACGCAGUACUAAUGUGGAGGUUAUUCAACAUGGUGCAUGCUUAGGUCUUGGCUUGUCAGCUUUAGGAACUGCUGAUGAAGAGAUCUACGAUGACUGUAAAAGUGUGCUCUACACUGACAGUGCUGUUGCUGGCGAAGCUGCUGGGAUUAGUAUGGGUUUGCUCAUGGUUGGAACUGCAAGUGAGAAGGCUAGUGAGAUGCUUGCUUAUGCGCAUGAGACACAACAUGAAAAGAUCAUCAGAGGGUUAGCAUUGGGGAUUGCCCUGACUGUAUAUGGAAGAGAAGAAGAAGCAGACACUCUAAUUGAGCAGAUGACAAGAGACCAAGAUCCUAUUCUACGUUAUGGUGGUAUGUAUGCAUUGGCAUUGGCCUACAGUGGGACAGCAAACAACAAGGCCAUUCGCCAGCUGCUACAUUUUGCUGUAUCAGAUGUGAGUGAUGAUGUUAGGAGGACUGCUGUUCUAGCACUUGGUUUUGUCUUGUACUCCGAGCCAGAGCAGACGCCUCGAAUUGUCUCCCUGCUAUCUGAGUCUUACAAUCCUCAUGUUCGAUAUGGCGCUGCUCUUGCCGUAGGCAUUUCCUGUGCUGGUACUGGCUUGAGUGAGGCCAUAUCUUUGUUAGAGCCUCUGACUUCAGAUGUUGUUGACUUUGUGCGCCAAGGUGCCCUAAUUGCAAUGGCAAUGGUCAUGGUCCAGAUUAGUGAAGCCAGUGAUUCUCGUGUUGGAGCUUUCAGGCGGCAAUUGGAGAAAAUAAUUCUUGAUAAGCAUGAGGACACCAUGAGCAAAAUGGGAGCAAUCUUGGCCUCUGGAAUUCUUGAUGCUGGUGGAAGGAAUGUGACGAUAAGACUGCUUUCUAAGACAAAACAUGAUAAAGUUACUGCAGUUGUUGGCCUUGCUGUUUUUAGCCAAUUUUGGUACUGGUAUCCCCUUAUAUACUUCCUAAGCUUGUCAUUCUCACCAACAGCUUUGAUAGGACUGAACUCUGACCUGAAAGUUCCAAAGUUUGAGUUCCUGUCACAUGCAAAACCUUCGCUGUUUGAAUAUCCUAAACCAACCACUGUGCCAACCACUACAUCGGCUGUAAAACUCCCCACUGCUGUACUUUCAACAUCAGCAAAGGCCACCAAAGCUAGGGCCAAGAAAGAAGCAGAUCAAAAGGCAAACGCUGAAAAGUUAUCUGGGGCAGAGAGUUCAUAUGCACAUUCUGGAAAAGGAAAAUCAUCUAGUGAGAAAGAUGGGGAUUCAAUGCAGGUUGAUAGCUCAGUCGAGAAGAAAUCAGAGCCGGAGCCUUCGUUUGAGAUUUUGACCAACCCAGCUAGGGUGGUUCCUGCUCAGGAGCAAUACAUUAAAUUUCUGGAAGGAAGCAGAUAUGAGCCCAUCAAGUUAGCACCAUCCGGGUUUGUUCUCUUGAGAGAUCUGAAACCGACUGAACCCGAGGUGCUUUCGCUUACAGACACACCCUCUUCUACAACAUCAGCUGCUGGUGGAUCAGCAACGGGACAGCCGGCGUCUGCUUCAGCCAUGGCAGUUGACGAGGAACCGCAGCCUCCUCAGGCGUUUGAAUACACUUCGUGA